AUGGUGGCCUGGACUUACAACACGCCAACAGACACGCCGACCAGCGGGCCGCACAUUGCCGCGCUCUGCGUCAUCUUCAUCUCCAUUGCGCUGUUGCUCGUCUGCCUCAGAUUGUAUGUCCGGACGACGCUGGUCAAGGCCGUUGGAUAUGAUGACUGUAUGAUUGUUAUCUCCUGGCUGGGAGCCUGUGGCUAUGCGGUAUGCACCGUGAUCCAGACGAAAUGGGGCCUUGGAAUCACCAGCCUAAAGAAUAUGCCCGACCAGAAUGUCUUUCACUUUGGCAAGCUGCAAUUCAUAGGCGGACCAUUCUACGUCGUCAGCCUCUGGGGCUUCAAAAUGAGCCUGCUCUGCUCCUACCUGCGCUUCUUCCCAGAAGGCCGCUACAAGAUGGGCACCAUCAUCGUCGCGGUGACGUGUACGAUGGCACACAUUGCCUUCCUCCUCGUCUUCGUGUUUCUGUGCACACCGGUUGAAAAGCAGUAUGACCCGUCGAUCCCCGUCGACGUGGGACACUGCGUAAAUGGCGUGGCCUUCUACUUGGCGUUCUCGUCCUUGACCAUCGUCUUUGACGUCUUGAUCAUGUUCCUGCCGUUCCCCGUCAUCAUCACUUCCCAGAUCCAGCGGCGCAAGAAGGCGGUGCUCCUCGGCCUCUUCAUCCUCGGCGUCUUCGUCACCGUCAUCCAGGCCAUCCGGAUCCAGACCAUCCAGAACCUCUCCAACUACCUAGACUCGGCGCCGGCCAUCCAGUGGUCCAUCAUAGAGACGUGCGUGGGCAUCGUCAUCGCGUGCGUGCCGCCCCUGGCGCCCAUGGUCAAGUACUUCGCCGCCAAGAGCCGCAGCGCGAGCGGCGGCAGCAGCGGCGUCUCGCGGCCGCCCAAGACGACGACGCCGUCGCGGUACGUGCUGCAGACCUGGGGCACCAAGCGCAGCGGCAUGCAACCGCUGGGCGCCGGUGUCGACCGGGUCGCAUCCGUCGCGGGGAGCUCGGCGACGAAGGCCGACGACAGCACCGAGAACAUACUGGACCAGGGGGGCAUCACGAAGACUACAGACCUGCUGCUCACGACUCAUGAUACCGAGGAGACUUGGCCCGAUACCAACAACAGCAGAUAG